GUUUAUUUAAAUAUGAAUAUGAAAAACUUUAUUAUAAGAACAAUUAUUCGGUAUUCACGGGUCUGGGCAUCACCAACAACAUCGCUAACGGCAACGGAAUCGGGGACCCUGGAUAAAUCAUCUAAAAUAAAGAAAUUUCUUGCCGUUACAAAACAUUUGUUUGUAAAUAAAACGUCAACAAAUAAAACAGAAACUGACAGCGCCAACGUGAUGGAGGGAACACAUAGACUUAGACACGCAGAGGCGAGGAGGAUUGAUAAUCAUUUCAUGGUAGGCUUAUUUAGAUUAGUAUUUAUAAUAUAAUUAAAGUUAAUAAUAUAAAUAUAAUAAAUCUUCUAACAAUUUUUCUAAUAUAGACCUAAUACUAACCCUAGUAGUAGUAGUAGCAUAGUCAUUGGACUUGGUUUCUUCUUCUUCUUCUUCUAUAUCUUAAGGGCCCACGAUCAAUUUAUUGAUCAUUUUGGCUCCUAUGCAUGUAGAUGGGAUUUGCAAUGUUUCUGUUACUGGUGGUGAUGAGGAAAUUAUGCACUAGGGGUUUGAAGGCUUGAGGCAAUAGACACAAAUGUGUCUAGUGUUGUCGCCUCAACUGUUCCUUUUGAAAGAUGGUUCCAGUCCCUGAUUGUCUUGGGCAGGAAUGAGCAGCUCCUAUACUGGCUUCUUGCUGGUAUGAGCCUGAAUUGCCUGUCAUGGCCUCGUCGCUGUCUAUGGGGGAGAGGGACGAGUUUCUGUUUAAUACUGGAACAGUGGACCAGCCCAUUAUUUAUCUUGUACAUCAUGGAGAGCCUGGAUUGUCGUCGUCGUUUCUCCAAUGGUGACCAGCCUAGUGUUUCUAGCAUGCUGCCAACACUAGAGGUAUUCCUGUAGCGGUUUAGGACAAAGCGUGCUGCUCGUCGCUGGACCGCCUCCAACCUGUCAAUGCUCUUCUGGGUAAAUGGGUCCCAGACUGAAGAUGCAUAAUCUAAAAUCGGACGGAUAAAGGCUUUAUAUGCUCUUUCUUUCACACAGGAGUUGCCAAUCUUUAGAUUUCGCCUUAAGAACCCCAAGGCUUGGUUUGCUUGGUUACAUACAUUGUUAAUAUGCUCGUCCCAGCGGACCUCUCUUUGAAUGGUAACACCCAGGUACUUUACGGAGGAAACUUGCUCAAGUAUAUGGCCGUGCAGUUCGUAUUGGUAGUGUAGAGGAGUACAACUUCUAGAGAUUGAUAGUGUCUGGCACUUGGCAGGGUGAAAUUCCAUGUCCCAGCUCAUCUCCCACUCAGCUAACAGAUUGAGAUCCUGUUGUAGCUGGUCCUGGUCAGAUCUGUUGGCGAUCGUCCUAUACACUGCUGUGUCAUCUGCAAACAGUCUUGCCUGUGAUGUCAGUUUCUCCGGUAGGUCAUUAAUGUAUGCUAGGAACAAACAGGGGCCCAGGACUGAUCCCUGGGGGACCCCUGACUUCACAUUGACAAAGGAGGAGCUUGUACCGCCCACCACUACUGCUUGGCGUCGGUGGCUGAGGAAGCUAGAGAUCCAUGUUUUAGUGGUGCCUUGAAUCCCAUAUAUCUGGAGUUUGUGUAGAAGCAAACUAUGAUUCACCCGGUCAAAUGCUUUUGCGAAGUCCAUUACUAGCACGUCAGUCUGCUUGUGGUUCUCCAGAUUGGUCAUCAAGUCUUCUACAAAUUCGAGAAGCUGGGUCUCACAUGACCUAUUGACUCGGAAGCCAUGUUGACAGUCAUUGAGUAUAUUUUUGCUUUCAAGAUGCUUCAUGACAGAGCUUACGAUUAUGUGCUCCAACAAUUUGCAGACGACGCUAGUGAGGGAUAUCGGACGAUAGUUGGCAGGGUCGGAAUGCUCCCCUUUCUUGUAAAUUGGAGUGACAUGCGCUGUUCUCCAGUCUGCUGGAACAUUUCCUGUGCAUAGUGACGAUUGGAAGAGGAUUGUCAGUGCAGAUCAUACUCUUAAGUCUCAAAACUAAGACAAGACAUUUUAAACUUCAUGUUUUUUAGAGCUUGGCCAUUUAAAUUUUAGUUUGAAGUUUAAAUUCAUUCAUUAAAUCAUUUUUCUUUCUUUUUAAGAAAAAAAAAAGGCUUCCACUCCCAGUUUUACCUGAUCAACUUACAUUUGUUUAUUUAACUAAAAAUAAGCAUUAAUUAUGCCAUAUAUAAGCCUAAACAAAAAAAAUGAUUAUAUAAUUAAUAUUAUAAAUCAUAUAUUUUUUUUUCAGAUUGUUGGUCUUGGUAACCAUGGUUUCCCCAACACUAGACACAGUAUUGGAAUGAAAGUCAUAGAUAGCCUAGCUCACAGACUGAGUGUAAAAUGGGAACAGAAUGCUGGAUACAUCACAUCCACAUUUGUAGGGCAGUCAAAGCUUACAUUGUUUAAGCCAAAGGCACUGAUGAAUCUCAAUGGACCGAGUGUUGCAAAGACAGGUAGCAUGCUGUCAAUGCUUUGCAAUGAUUUACGCAAAGGCAUUAAUUGUCAUUCAUAUAAUAUUUAAGUUUAAUUAAAGAGAAUAGUAAUAGUGUAAAUUAGUAGCUUUUAUACAUGAUCUGAUCAAUAACUUAUGAUAAUAAAGUGUAGAACCCACAUUUAAAUGCCUAGCUAUCUAGCUAUUACUCAAGGUUUUUUUUCUUGCUGUUGUCUCAGAAGGGUAAUAUGCUGCUCACUUAAAUCAUUUCAUUUUAAAAAAAAAUUCCUUUCUGUUUAAUAAAACAAAAUUGUACAUAAUUUUAUUCCAGCUAAAUUGCUGCGUAUUGCACCCAGCCAUAUGUACCUCAUUCAUGAUGAGCUGGAUCGUCUGCCUGGAAAAUUUCAUUUAAAAGAAGGUGGAAGUGCAGGGUAAACAGUGUGUCAGUUAUAAAUGCUAGCUGUAUGUUAUCAUGUAAAACUCCACUUGCUGCUGGGUUAUUUGAACUUAUGUGGCAGUGUGUCCACAAGUUAAUUAAAUUCUGGAAAGGGGCUUUAUUCUCUUUAUCAUAGUAUAUGUGCAUGUCUCCACCUGUCAGAGGAUUCUGAAAUAUUAAGCAAAUUGAGUGUUUUCACAUUCAUCAUUGUUGGGGGGGGGGGGGGGUGUUAAUAAAUUCUGGAAAGGGGCUUUAUUCUCUUUAUCAUAGUUUAUGUGCAUGUCUCCACCUGUCAGAGGAUUCUGAAAUAUUAAGCAAAUUGAGUGUUUUCACAUUCAUCAUUGUUGGGGGGGGGGGGUGUGUUGUGUUUGUUUGUCCCCCAACCCUUUCUAUUUACUAAAUCUUAAAAAGCCCAUUUAAACUAUACAAAUAUAAAAGUAAAAGUGUAUCUUAGAUAGCCGAGAGACUAACAUGAACAAACACAUACAAUUCUUUAGGGUUUUGGUCAGGGGUUUUGACUUUUAUCCAGUUUGGAGUCUUUAAAGAUUGCAAGUAUUACAAGGUUUCCAGCAGAGAAGACAGUCGAAAGACAUGGGUUGGUCUGCCAUGAUUUAAUUGCUUUCUGGUAUGUCAUGGCGUCCCUAUUUAUAUAGGGUGCACCAUGGGGUAAAUCAUUUGAUGUUUAGAGGACCAACCUGAGCACAUAUCACAUGCCCUGUGUUAUUCCCUGGCCAGCCACCUGGACGGACUUAAGUAAACUAGGCCAUGCGCCUUUUGUACCCAUGUGUUUGUAGUAUGAAUUUGUUUGGUGUUGGUAAUGUAAGAGUUCUGUUCAUGUCUUAAAUUAGUCAGUGUUUCAAUCACUUGCAUUAGUUCCAUCCGUUUGACUCUUAAUGAUAUUGUGAUGGUUAAAACAUACAGUAAUAUUCUGAAUACUUAAAUUGAAUUAGGAACCAGUGUGUAUACGAGCAUAAAACUAUUAUUUCAUUUUGGUUAAACAUACUGCAGUGGGCUGCAACACUAUCCGAACAGUGAUUAUACAUGAUGAUAUUUUAGUUAAUAACCUGCCAUGUGAUAAAUUCUCACUUAGAAGAUGGCAUGUUUGUCUUGGAUAAUACUAACAACUGUAUCAAUAUAGUUUGACCUGCUGCAAAGCGCUUAUGUCUUUAAAAGACAAAGCAAUUGGUACAACAGUAUCCAACUAACGGUUAUUAUUCUUUAUAACAGGUACUAUUUGGUCAUUAUGCAUCUGUAUUGUUAAAGUAUGUUUGUUAUAACCUGUAAUGGCAGAGUUAUUCAACCUGUCAUUGUUAGGUGUGUAGUUUCUCUGGUCAGGUUUGUAUCAAAGUAAAAUAAAGGAGCUAAUUAAUAUUCUCUAUAAUACUCUAAUUUCAGAGGUCACAAUGGUGUGCUGUCUUGCAUGAACGAGCUAAAAUCAAAAGUAAGUUUUCAGAAAGUUUAAAAAUAGUCAUUUGCCUAUAUUCUUGUUGCUUUUCCACCAAUGAAAAAUGAAAGUUAAAAAUUAAAUACAUCUCUUCAAAUGCCUGAAGACGAAGUUUUAGUAUUGUAAUGCAUUUAUAUUUCAGACUAUUAUUAGUUUCAUAGACAAACUAUGACAUUUACAUUAUGUGACGAUAUUCUCAAGUCUUUAUUUUUUAAAAAUCUGUAAUUGAAUAACCGUACAUAAUGGACAUUUAUGAUAAAGUUGAAAACUUAAUCAUAAAGUAUUAUUUGAUAAAAUAAAUCCUACUAAUAUAUUAAAUCAAAAUCUGUUCUUUUAUUUUGGUAUUCAGGAAAUGAUACGUCUCCGAAUUGGAAUAGGCAGACCAAGUUCUAGAUUACUGGUGGUGCCAUAUGUUUUGGGAAAAUUUCCAGCGGCAGAGAUGGCUGCUGUAGAUUCAGUUAUACCUGAAGCCAUUGAACAUCUGCUUCAUCACAUUGAACAAAGGACUGCUUUAAACAUUAGUAAUUUAAAGAUCAAUGACAACAGCUGUGUUGAGUUGCAAAAACACACACCUGAGGCAGGUAUGAAAACCAAGGGCAAAAGAGCUUUACUCAAAAACAAUGCUUCAGAAGUCACACAACCUAUUCAAGAGCAAUCAAAGGCUCAAAAUUUAAAAAUAGCAGAAGGAGAUGAUGAUUUCCAUCACACAGACUCAUAUAAUUCUACAGGAAAAUUUGAAGGGGAUAAAAUUGCCACUACUGGGACUAAUGAUGUUAUUUCAGAAAUAAGCAAAACUGAAGACAUUUCAAGGCUAGGCAAAGAUCCAGUUCCUGACAGGUGACAGUAUUUCACAGUGAUUAAUUUUGUUGUAUUUAUACCAACAACCAAGACUAGCACAUAAUCAAAAUGUUAAGUUAUGGGAUAUGUUAUUGUAAUGUGCACUCGUUUUUCAAAAUGUGACAUGAUAUAAAUUAUGUAUGUGUGUGUGUGUUUAGAGGUCACCCCGGGUGGCAUUUAGUCAGGGUACAUCACUGACUGCACCAGAGCUUGGGAUAAGUUAUUGUAGAAACCAAACUAUGUCAAAUAAAAUGUUUAAUUUAAAGGGAUGGUGUAUAUAAUUAUAAAUAUCUCAAAGGGAAACUGCUGCUAAAUGAAGAAUUGGAACAGGCAUUUGGUAAUUAUCUUGUUAAUCAUUAAUAUUAUCAGAAGUUCUUAGAAAUCAUGUAUUCUAAGAGUAAGAGAAUAGCCCAGCAUAUGGUGCUAAAAAUAUACAUUUAUAUCUUGGUAUCACUGGUAUGUUAUCUUGAGUUGAUAUUAAAUAAAACAGUUGCAUACCGGGGGUACUAAAAUCGUGUCUCACCCGAGUUCACUGAACUUUAAGAUUUGUCUGUCUUCCUAUUAUAUGGAUAGGCUUAAAAAAAAAUGUUUUCUUAAAGCUUGGAGUAGCCUAUCACAAGAAACAGAGCUUGACCAACAUGUAUUUUGUUUAAGCUUUGAUUAGCCUUUCACAAGAAACUGAACUUAACCAACAGAUUGUUGAAGAGGAGUACUGGAAGAAAUUCAUGUGAAAGCUCCAGAUAUUCUUAUAUCAUCCCUGUGGAGCAAGAGUUAUCAUCUCUGUGGGGCAGGAGUUAUUCAUGAUCUUUUCCCAAUGUCUCUGUCUUGUGCUCAGUCCAAUUCUUCUCAGCACACAUUAGAUCCAUUCGUCAGGUCUUACAUCAUCUCCCUCUUUUAGCUAUAUCUUACUGGCUGUGCAAUUAAUAAGUGUAUGUCCAAGACCUGGCUGGAAUUUUUAAAAUUGUGUUGAAUGAUUUAAAUAUGAUGUAUCAUUAAGGGCCAUCAAUAUAGUUCAUGCGCACUGAAGAGAGAGAG